GAGGGAUACUGAAGGGGAGACGCGCCGGAGGAGCGCAUAUAAAGGGAGGGAGCGGAGUCUCACUGCUCACAGCAAAUUCAGGCAGCCGAGGCUGACUGUAGCUCCCCCACUUGGCCGGCAAUUAAGUUUUAGAGGUGCUUAACAAUGAUGGUAUUUGCUGUGUGCAUCACUGUGCUGCUAGUGUCUUUGACUUGCGGGGACCUGUCAGGCGUUUCUCCACAAAACGCUGACGUCCAGCAGGAGAUUGUGAAUGUGCACAAUGCCUUCAGGAGAACAGUGCAGCCAACUGCUACAAACAUGCUAAAAAUGUCCUGGAACGCACAGCUGUCCACGAAUGCUCAAAACUGGAUUAACAACUGCAAUUUGACUCAUGGGCCUCCUAGUAGCCGGGAGAUUGACGGGUACCAGUGUGGCGAGAACUUAUUUAAGUCUAAUGCUGUAUAUAACUGGACUUCUGUUGUUGGGGCAUGGCACAAUGAAGUCAAGAAUUACCAGUUUCCCAUUGGAUCCAUUAACGGAAACCCGAUUGGCCAUUACACACAGGUGGUGUGGUAUGGCUCUUAUGAGGUAGGAUGUGGGGUCACCUACUGCAGCAACUCUGCAACGUACUUCUACGGCUGCCACUACUUCCGAGCUGGGAACUUCAAAGAAGUUCCUCCGUAUACUAAGGGGGACUCAUGUGCUGACUGCCCAAACAACUGUGAUGACAAACUGUGCACUAACCCGUGUCCAUACAUCGACAAAUACAGCAAUUGCCCAAACCUGGUACAGACAAAUGGAUGUGGCAACUCCGACGUCAAGGAAUGGUGUCCCAGCUUGUGCCAGUGCCAGGCAAAAAUCCGGCCAAUUGCAAAGAAAUGACAUACUUCAUGCAGCCCUUCCAGAAAGAAAUAACUUUAAACUAAUACAUUUCUAUUUGGUUGUUAAUCAACAUUUACAUUGAAGGCGGUAUUGGCUAUUUAAAAUAUAAAUGUUUGACUAGAUAAUAAAAACCUUGUUAAUUACUAGUCGGGAUGAUAUGAAGAAAGACGGAAUAGUUUACUUGGGAUUUCCUGCGUCGUUCUUUCCUCUUUACUCUCAAGGCUCUCAUCUUCCUGCUUCUAUAUUUCUACUCGCUGGGGUGAUGGUUUACAUUUGCCUCAUGUAACUGUUUGCUUCCAUGUAAUAA